UUGCCGGGCUGUCAUAAUUAGUUCCUAAGAAAAAAAGUAAACAAAUCAAAUAAUCAACAAUGCGCUUUUGUUAUUAAUCCACAAAAUUCGCAAUGGAUAAUAAAGACAUCGCAAAUUUAAAUACUGAAGGUAAAAUCGAAGUCUUCCUACGCCUGCCUUCCAUUGAUAAUGAAGAAUCCGCUGACAUUACACGUGAAUAUAUUAGCAUAUUGAGGCUUUUGCGUGAUGGUUGUGCGCAUAGUAAGGAUCAUCAGAAUGCUAUAGCAGAACAUGAAGAAUUAAAUAAUCAAUUGCAUCAGUUAGUUUUCGCAGCUACUGCUACACCAGAAAAUGUGAGAUUAAUUGCCCUGCAAUUGCUUGCGAAUGCCACAGUACAGAAUACAUACACGCAAUGUAUGAUUUGGCAGCGCCAUGGUGCUGAAAUUUUAAGAAAUUGUUCUUUGUCACCACUGGGAAAACUUACAGAUGUAUGCCUUAUGAUUGUGUACAUUGCAUUAAAAGGUGCUGCAGUGCCAAAUAUAAAACAGCAAGCGUUAUGCGCUGCUGUGCAUGUAUGGCAAACAAUGGUGCAGAAUAGCAGUAAAGUGCACAUGGAAAUGUUACAUUUUUUAUUUGAAUAUUUCAUUGUACAUGGCGAAAAUCAACCGGUGCCUUAUUAUGCAAGUUUAACAACUGCCGAACGUAUAACAUUUUUGGAUUACCUCAAACAAUAUCUGGUUGAUAAUUGUCCGAAUGGUCGCAUACAUGAAUAUAUGUUAAAACAUAUUACAUAUGAAUUCACGAUAAAAUCUGAUAAUAUACUCAUUUGCAAACAAGAUAGUGCGCAAUUCGCCACCACGGAUCCACUGCUUGCACAUGAAGUACAAAGUCUAUUGCGUGUGAUUGCCUAUGCGACUGGCACCGAUGAGUACGGCGAUAGCUAUGCCAAUGAGCAUUCACUGUUCUUGAAUGUGAGCAGCUUGCUGCGUUUGCUGGCGCAAGUGGGUAAAGAGUCGCAAAAUAUUUUCACUCCCAUGAAUAAAUUAGAAGAAGUUGCGCUUACAUCGAAAAUACCCCGAGAUUUCGAGUCGGAAGUAUCAUUUGAAUUUAAAACGCUCUUAGUGCGUUGCAUUGCAAACUUGCUGUAUAAGAACAAAACUAAUCAAGGUUACUGCAUAGAUACAAGGCUGCUACCAACGCUUUUAGAAUGCACAAAUAUGGAUGCUCGUAAUCCACUUCUUAGAGAAUGGUCUAUACUAGCAAUUCGCAAUGCCUGCGAAGGUAAUAGAGAUGUGCAGGAAUUGAUUGCAAAUAUGACGAAUGAAGGACCGGCCAAAAAUGAUAUCAUGAGCGAAUUGAAUUUGGAUAUGGGUUCUUUACGUAUUAAGCCGAACACGAAAUAAACAGUUACAUUCUUCUGGCAAACUAGUCUUCUACAUACGCCGUACAUAAGUAAUUGUUAUUGUGAAAAUCCAAAUUGCAUUUACCUUUAGAGAUUUUUCGGUGGUGCUGCAUGAGGUUACAGCAGUUAAUAAUAUAUAUAUGUAUGUGCAUUUUGUAAAUAAAUAUAUAAAUACACAUAUAAUA